AAAAGAGUACGAGCUCGACUGCUCGAAUCAAUUCAAAAAUUUUAUUUCGAGUAGAAAUGUGCGUUUAUGUUUCGGCGACUUCGAUACUGGACGACAGAAAAAAAUCGAUGAACUUUCUUGAUCGAUUCUCCUGUCAUAAAAAGGUAAACAAAACAAAACAGCGGUGCUUGCGGAAAAACGGAUUUCGGAUCUUUUCCGGAUCAAAGAAGUCGUUUCUUUUGUGAUUUUGGCCACUUUUCGUCAUCAGGCGGCGACGAAGACGAGGACGACGGCGGCAAUGCCGGUCGAUAUCAACCGACUGACGGAUGGGUGGCUGGAGCUGGAGAGUGAUCCGGGGCUGUUCACACUGCUGCUUGAGGACUUCGGUGUGAAGGGUGUGCAGGUGGAGGAGAUCUACGAUCUACAGAAGGCCCUGGAGGGCCAGGUGUACGGGUUUAUCUUUCUGUUUCGCUGGAUCGAGGAACGGCGUGCCCGGCGCAAGAUUGUCGAAACGACCGAUAUCUACGUGAAGGACGAGGAUGCGGUGAACAACAUUUUCUUCGCUCAGCAGGUGGUCCCGAACAGCUGUGCGACGCACGCCCUGCUGUCGGUGCUGCUGAACUGUUCCGACAUCGAUCUCGGAACGACGCUCAGCCGGUUAAAGAUGCACACGAAGGGUAUGGGACCGGAGAAUAAGGGAUUGGCGAUCGGCAACACACCGGAGUUGGCCUGUGCACACAAUUCACACGCGAUGCCGCAGGCCCGCCGUCGGAUGGAUCGUAAUUCGGGCGUUAGCACGGGUCGCUUCACCGGAGAGGCAUUUCACUUCGUUUCGUUCGUCCCAAUCGAUGGCCAUCUGUUCGAACUGGAUGGAUUGAAGCCAUUCCCGAUGGAUCACGGACCGUGGGAUGAGAAGGAAGCAUGGACGGACAAAUUCCGACGUGUUAUGUCCGAUCGGCUGGGCAUCACAACCGGUGAGCAGGAUAUCCGGUUCAAUCUGAUGGCCGUGGUACCGGAUCGGCGCAUUGCCAUCACGCACAAGCUAAAAAUGCUCCGCACGAAUCAAACCAUCGUUUCGGCCGCGCUGGAGAAACUACUGAAAUCGGAAAAGAAGGAACAGACAUCGGCGUCGACGGUUAAGAAAGAAGGGGAAAGUACCGCUAUAAAGCAGGAACCGGAAUCUCCCGUGAAGCUUUCGUCCGAGUACUCGGAACUGUUGGCAUUCAAGGAAGAGCAGCCGUCGAAGGACCAAAGUGACACCACGAAACCUCUAGCCACUCAACAACCACCGUCCCCAUCGGCAGCAUCAUCGGUGACGAUGACGAAAGAGCUGGAAACGCUGGUUUCUAUGAACAGCUCGUCAGAUUCGGUGGAGAUCGUCGGUGAAAGCAGCGCGAUCAAGCAAGAACCGGAUCAUCAAGAACCACCACCGUCCCCUCCGGGAUCAUCGUUCAUCGGUGCGGGUACCUUCUCUCCCAAGGAUCUGCUGUCGCUGCUGAAGAACCUCGAAUCGGAGAUCACGAUCACCGAGCAGCAUCUAUGCGAUGAGAAUGAGAAGCGUGAUCGCUUCAAGCUGGACGAUUGCCGGCGGACACACAACUAUGACGAGUUCAUCUGUACCUUCCUCUCGAUGCUGGCCCACGAAGGGGUACUGGCGGAACUCGUCUCGCAGGAUCUCAUCACAAGCCGCAAACCGAGUUUCGGCGGAAUGCACAGCGCUGCCAGUGCCAGCAGGGCCAUCUCACGGAGCUACAAAAAGACGGCAUCAGCGGCGACGGCGGCGGCCACGAACGGGACCUCACCGAAGACACCGGGAGCGAAGCGGCGUCGCGGCCGAGCCAAGUGUCGAAAGCGCAAGUGAAACGACCGAGUUCCAUUCCGGGACACCCUUUGAU